UGGUUAACAGAGUCGGCAGACCGCCUGCGCAACUUGCACGUACGACGCGUAGCCUCGCAGUGUGUCACGCUUGACGUUCCAGUUUAAGUUUGUCCGCCACACAGCGUGCAACUGCAUGUUUCUCCGACAAUAUCACACUGUAUCGCACGAUUAGCGUGGCUGAACUUCUAACAACACGCGUCCACUGCAUCGAUCGUAACCAAUCUCCAGGAUCUUCCCGGUUGGGUUAGCCCUGGAAUUGUGAUUCACUCGAGCGAUUUGAAUUUGAAGGAUUUUGUGAUUAAAAUUACGAAAUAGUUGCAUAAAGAAGAAAGUGCGACUGAAGAUAGUGCGCGGUGCGGUGGAUUCUUCGACUGGAAGGAAUUUUAAGGAUAUUAGUUCACGUGGGUGGAAGUGUCCACGAGGAACACGUUGAAAAAGAUAUUUUCGAAGUGGAGUAAUAAUGGAGAAUAAACAGAGUAUGAAUCGAAGUGUUUGAUGUGCUUGAGGGGUGGAAAGAAUUGAUCGUGAACAAAGGAUAAACCCAAAAUCUUCCAAACUGGGUGACGGCAGAGGAAAACCCCGUAGAGUCAGAAUGGCAGAUGAUAAUCAGCAGGAGAGCCAGCAUGUUCAUAAGGAAAUGAAAGUGGCGAAGCUUAUGCCUCUUGCGAUGAAGCUCUUGGAAAUUGUUUUAGCUGUGUUCGCUAUCGGAUUAGUCGUCGAUCCGUUAAAUUCGUUCCAGAAGAUCAUGAUUAGAAUGCAUUUCAAGCUUGACGAUGCCGCGAUAAUUUACAUCACUAUCGCUGGCUACCUGAUAAUCAACACGCUUUUUAUCAUUUGUCAACUGUUGGGAGAUCGAAUACCGAAAAGAACCUUGAUAUUGUUCUCCUCAGUCGGUGGGCUCCUGCACAUCGUCGCUGGAAGCAUAAUUGUCUAUAAUUGGAGAAAGAUUCUCGGCCCUUACUACAGCAACAACGAAUUCUAUCCCAGCAAACAGUACAUGGAUAUGUUCAUAUCAGGCGCAGUGUUCACAUUUGUCAAUGCUGCGGUUUUCUUCUUGGAAAUAUUUUUCAUCAUUUACUCGUCAAAAAGCAUCGAGUGAAAAGGAAAGAUACGGCGUAGAGGUCUUUAGAUUAAGAGAACAAGUAUGAAACAUUCGUCAGAAUUAUACUUACAAAUGCCUGCUUGAUGUAACUAGGAGGAUAAGUUGUCAGUAAGUUAGGAAAAAUAUGAAUAUUUAAUGUUAUGUAAAUUUUGAAAAAAAUGUCGUUUCUAUGGAGAAAAAAGAGAUUGCUGAUGUUAAAUAUGUCACGUAUUUUACAAAAUGGCUUAUCACAAGAGGUGAUGAAAGAAAGGAAACAGGAGAAUCGAAAAGAGAUGGUUUCCCACCGAAUGUGUUCUACAUCAUAUACCGAAAAAUGAAAAAUGUAAAAAUAAUGUACACUGAUAUAACGCCCAAAAAUAAUUCACGAGCCAAAUAUUCACAGAUUAGUUGUAAGUUCUGAUUCCGUCCAAUCGUCUUAACGACGAUCUAGUUAGAUGUUACUUGAUUAUACGCGUAGGUUAGAACAGUAGACAUUUAUAGGAAAUGUACAAAUCAAAUAAUGCAGUGAAUUGUAUACUGUAGAAGAUAGUUUUAACUGAUAAAUCAGAAUAAUAUUUUGGAUUAAUAGUUUCAUAAAGUUCUUAGCUUUAGUCUUUCCUUUUAGCAACGUAGCGAAUUUAGCAAUUAACAAAGAUUAAUCUCCAAAGAUUUUCUACAUAUAUGGUAUAUUUUAUGAUAUAUACGGUAUAUUUUUCAUGUUUUUAAAAAAUCAUAAAGAUCCAUUAAACAAUAUAUAUAUAUUGAAUAUUAUUUAUAAUCGAAAGUUUGGAUAACUAGAGUAGUGUUCUUAUACGUAUGUAUAGUAUAAUAUAUGUAUAAUAAUAUAAUCUGUAACCUCUAUUUCUUACUUGUUGAUGAUAUCAUACAUUUUAUAUAUAUUACAAAUCUCAGAAUUGCCAUGAAUAUUUUUAGAUAAUUAGUGACAAAAAUGAUACUUUUUAUAUUAAUAAUUGUAACUAUGAUAAGACCAAAAAUUAUAAUUCGUCUUUAUAUACAUUUAUCAAUUUAUAAAUCUAUUAUAUAGAUUUGACAAAAAUUGACGUGUCUUUAUCAAAAUACAUUCCGUCCAAUUUUAAUACUAAUCGACACCUUGUAAUACAAGAUGUUCGCGAAUUAAUAUUUUAUAUCGAUAAUCCUUUGUAAUAUAAUUUUAUAAGCCAAAUGUAAAACUUAUUAUAAAAGAGAACGAAAGUAUAUAAAAAGAUGUAUUAUACUGUACGCCAUAUAAUACAUGUACAAAAUAAGCGUUGGAAGAAUAA